GAGAGAGAGAGAGCGCGCUUCUUCCUUCGAGAACAGGCCAACAGCCUCCUCUAUUUAAAGGAAGGGGGAGGGGGAGAUCGGUGGGAAGAAAGUAGGGAAUUGAGAAGGAAAAGGGCAAUAAGAUUGGCUGUUCGUGAGCUGUUUUCUCUGGACCAGCCUUUGGUUGACACCAGAAACACCAGAUCUCCAAGACCUCACACGGAUCGAGGUUGGUUCUCAGAUUCAGGGGCAGGCUUGUAGAAGCAAGACUAAUUUUGAUGGGGGAAGAAGCACCUGAGCAUCUUUUGAACAGCUUGGAUGGGCAGUUACCUGUUGCUUGUGAUUCUGAAUCGAAAGACUAUCAGACGUCUACCAUUGUUGAUGAUAAGACAUAUGUAGUUGAAGGAUCUGAGGAUGGAGGCAAGUCAUGGAUAAAUGUCAAAAUUUUUGAUAAUUUGACAAGAUCAUGGUUGAUUCCUACUGUCCUGGGUAUGAAACCUGUUCAACUGAAAGGUCACUCGACUCUUCUUCUGAACAAUGGACGGAUAUUGAUUGUAAAGAAGGAUUAUCCAUUGGAUGAUUGCAUCUGGUUUCUUGAGGUGGAUACCCCUUUUGUUAAAGAGCAAAAGAAAUUACUUGGAACAGAAGUAGUUGCCUGGAGUAAGGGUGUCAUUGGCAGUGCCCCAAAACCAAUUGUAAUCAGUGGACCUUCUGGGGUUGGCAAAGGCACCUUGAUAAACAAACUUAUGAAGGAAUUUCCAUCAAAAUAUGGGUUUUCUGUUAGUCACACAACUCGAGCACCAAGAGAGAAGGAAUUGGAUGGAGUUCAUUAUCACUUCACCGAGCGAAGCCUUAUGGAGAAAGAUAUAAGAGAUGGGAAAUUUCUUGAAUUUGCAUCAGUUCAUGGAAAUCUUUAUGGUACAAGUAUUGAAGCAGUUGAGGCAGUUACAGACUCUGGGAAGAGAUGCAUUCUGGACAUUGAUGUUCAAGGAGCUAGAUCAGUGAGGGCAAGUUCUCUUGAUGCUAUAUUUAUCUUUAUCUGUCCUCCAUCAUUUGAGGAGCUGGAGGAGCGUCUACGUGCACGUGCUACUGAGACUGAGGAACAGGUCCAGAAGAGACUAAGAAAUGCCAGAGCAGAGCUUGAUGAAGGAAGAUCUCCUGGUCUUUUCGAUCAUAUUUUGGUGAACGAUGACUUGGAAACAUGCUAUGAGACUCUUAAGAAAUUACUUGCUUCUGAUGAAAAUGCUAAUACCCUAAAUCAACCAAGUAAGUUACUAGCUCCUGGUGCUUUUGUGGUAUUAUGCUACUAUUUGGAAGAAAAACAUAUAUAUCACCUUGUUCAUGCAGCUACAAAGAACUUGAAAGUUCAUGUGUCUCACAUGGAAUCUAGGGCGGAUCCAAAAAUCCUUUUACACUGUGGCACUAAUGGCACUGGUGUAAAAGUACCUAGUUUGUUUAUGCUUGACAUAUCAUCACUUAAAGGAGGUGCUCCUGGCCGAACAAGAGGACUCAAUGUAUAUACAGUUGAGUCAUUACGUGAUGGUGUUAACAGGAUCAAACAACUCUGACAUCCCAUGAAUUAAGCAACCGACGGAGGACAUCUGUACCAGCACUGACUCGUUUUUGGACUGAUUUAGACUGUCACAAGAGCUAUUAAUAUCUGAACUCUUACACUGAGAAAUAUGUGUUUCUGGCAAGCAUUCCAAUUAGGUAGCUGUUCCUAAGAUAUCCGUUACUAUUGUGAGAGUGAUGGACUUUAGCAAGGCAUGAUUUACGAAAUUCUGAUUUUAUAAACAAGAUUUGUGUUCUCAUUCAUUAGAGAUAAAAUGUGAAGAAAAUGCCAAUCUUGUUCUGUGGUUA